AUGCGCUCCUUCUCAAGCCUCGCUCCCGGGCGCGCAGCCGCUCACCAGAUAUGCGCGGCUUGCCGGCGAGAGGCUCAACCGACGUUAGCUGUUCGGGGUACCUCUUUCGCAACAGCAUCUCGCGUCACGAUACCUUCUCGACGCGCCCUCCAAACUGCCACAAUAUCUCGCCCGCAGACGUCGAUAACAGCCGCGCGCCGGUCAUUAUAUAGCCAGAGGAGGCCCAACUCCACAACAACAACCACUUCCACUACUACUACCGAUGAUUCGUCUUCCUCCUCCUCGACACCUUCCGAGAUCCCGGCGUACUACGCCCUCUUCCCCCAGACCUUACCCGACGGCCCGCCCCCAGCGGGCAAGUUCGCCAUCGACCUGCGCGCACUCCGCGCCGAGUUCCUCCGCCUGCAAGCCGCGUCGCAUCCAGACUUUCACCACCACGCUGCGCAGCCCGGGACGUCCGACGCCAACAACAACACAGCGACUGACGACACACCGGAUACCAACGCGAGCACAAGUACAAACAACAGCAAAAACAAAAACCACUCCCCCGCCCGCAUCCGCGCCGAAGCCACCUCGGCACUAAUUAACACCGCCUAUAAAACCCUCUCCUCCCCCCUCCUGCGGGCGCAAUACCUCCUCCACGAGCUCCACCACAUCGACCUCGAAGGCGACGAAGCCAACCAGCACGGCGGGGCCCCCGACCCCGAACUGUUGAUGACCGUGCUCGAGGCAAGGGAGGUCAUGGAGGAGGCGCAGACUGAGGCGGAUUUGGAAGGGGUACGGGUGGAGAAUGAGGGGAGGAUUGAGGCUUGUGAGGAGGGGUUGGGGAGAGCGUUGGAAGAGGGGGAUGUGCAGGGGGCCAGGGCGGAGGCGGUGAGGUUGAGGUAUUGGGUUAAUAUUAGGGAGGGGGUGAGGGGGUGGGAGAGGGGGAAGGAGGUUGUUUUGCAGCAUUAG